CCGUGCAGACGCGGAUUCGCCCCGCUGGCACCUGGCCGCCGCGUCCCCGGGCGUCCGCCCUCGUCCCCCUCGGACUUCGGAGUCGGCCCGGGAUUGACGGGAGCCGAGGCCGGAGCGCGUCUCUGCUACCCCGGCCGCCGCGGCCCCGCGAGGAUGCGCGCCUUGCCGGCCCCGGACGCGCCCGCCGCCGAGCGGCUCCUGCCCCGGGACCCGGGCGCCGCGCGGCCGGCGCGCAGGAGCGCGGUGGAGAGGCUGGCGGCCGACCGUGCCAAGUACGUGCGCGGGGCUCCGGCUCCCGAGGGCAGUGGCGCCGACGCGGCAGCUGCGCGGGACAGCGCCCCCGCGGCCCCGGUCCGCGCCCAGGCCCCGGUGGUGCGCAGGGCGAUCGCGCGGAAACCGCUGCGGCCGGAUUCGCUGGUCAUCUACCGGCAGAAGUGCGAGUUCGUGCGAGGGCCGGGCGCCGACGGCUCCAGGGGCGGCCUGGUGAAGAAGCUUUUCCCUGGGCCGGGCAAGGACAGGGUGCAGGCGCCAGCGGACACGCUGGGCGCGGGCGAGGAAGGCCAAGCUGCCGGCAAGGGGGCCAUCGCGACCCCCAAAUCCGCCGCGGGGGCUGCUCCCGCGCCCCCUGCCCCCGGCGCGCCCUCGGCAGUGCCCUCCCGGGUCGCGGAUGCGCCCCCGGGCCUGGAGCUGCGGCUGGCGCGGCGCCGGGGACUGCAGCGCUCACAGUCGGACCUCAGCUCCCUCUAUUCGCCGGCCAGGGCCGAGUGCGACGCCUUCUUCCGGUACUGUGGCCUGGACGCCGAGGUGGUGGAGGCCCUCGGCAGGGAAAACUUCUCCGCGGGCUCGGACCGCGUCGCCCUCAAAGUGCGCAGCGUGAGCGUCGCCACCUCCGACAGCGGCUUCUCGCGGCACAGCGGCGACGACGACGGGCUGCAGGAGGAGCUCAUGGAGCAGGUGCCCAGCACCACAUCGGUCAUCGAGAGGAACGCACGCAUCAUCAAGUGGCUGUACACCUGCCGCAAGGCCAGGGAGACCCCCAGCCAGAGGCUGCAGGGGCCGGCGUGACCGCCCGCACCGGGAGCGUGCCAGCAAGCAAACUUUCCCCAGAAGACAACUUGAAGUCAUGGGCCGUGUGUCCAGUGUGCACAGGAUUGCUGUCUUCCUGGAAAUUACGCCUCCACUGGCCAAUAUUAAGUGAUUACAGAAGGCUUGAAAUACCACAGAGAAGAUGGGAGCACAGACCUUGAAAACCAGCCAAGCUUUGGUCUUUGACAGCUGAAGCGUGGAGCGAGGCGCACCUUGUUUGGGGGGGGGGGACCUGCCAUGCUUCCCUGUGCAGCCGGAAAAGGGAAUGCUCUUAGAGAUAUUUUUAGGGCUUUUUGACAAAAUGAUGCAUUUUAACAGUGUCUCACUUUAUUAUUUUUUUAAAAGAAGUCUAAAAGUAUAAAAACCAGCAUGAAUGCCAGGGUAUUUACUCCUUUUGCCAUCCAGGACUGGUUGAAACCAUUUAAGUCAAAUCUCUAUAAUCACGAGAAGGUAUAUUCCACCUAAAUACCAUCGCUAACAAAGAGCAAACACGCACUGAGACACAUCAUGAUCAGGCCCAACCUCCAGAGGAUGGCUGCACUGUAGACUAGUUAGUUCCCAAAUUCUGUAACUAAGUAUCUUGUAUUUUAUGAGCUUAAAUCACUGUUAAAAUCACUGAGGGCUGGGAGCUCAUCCUGCUAGUGGCACUUGCCACAGGGCUGCAGGCAUGUGGAAGCACCCUUUGAGUGGUAAGCUGGAGGUGAGGAACUCCUGAAGAAAACAGUUCCCUGAAUGGUGCCAGGAGAAUCCUGGAGUUGCUCUGUCUGAUCAGUAGCAGCCACUCUACCUUGACAGUGCCUUUGGAAUGCACGCCACAGACCCCUGGUUUCCAACUUCCAGAAAAGGGAGGGGCCUUGGUUUGUGCAGAGCAUGUGGCUCUGGGGGCAGAAGCUCCUCUCUGCGCCAUGGUCUCUUCAGGUCUCUGCAGAGCACACAGCAAGCCCCUGUUUGGCACCGGCUCCCUCUUCUUGGCAGGGAGCCUCUGGGACAGAAUGUCCAGAGGGCGCCCCUGUGUCCCUGAUUAGGGUCUUGUACCUGACACCCAGGGUACCCAGAUUUCAGGUCGAGAAACUCCUGAGAAAAAUUUUGUGUCAGUGACAACCCAAAGGAAGUUGUUACCCAGCAGGCUUCCAAAGGCUGCUGUGGUUUAUCAAAAUGAGCUGCGUCAAGAACAAAAUUAUUGGAAGAAUAUGGAGGAGAUGGAUUUCUCAAUGCUAAAAUGUUUUAAAAACCAUUCCCUUUUGAUAUAUUCAUGUAUUGUUUCAUGUUCUAUUUUUGUAACUAUUUCACUAUGAAAAUAGAUUCUGAGUUAAAAGUAUUUAUUUUCACACAGUUGCUAGUCUUCACAGAGUUUUACUUUAUUUCAUAUAGUUUUAAUUUUUACUGGUAUAAUUUUAAGUCAUUUUCCCCUUCAUAUCUUUCUGCAUGUCUUGUUUAACUGAACUUUCAUCUUCUCCCUGCCAGUGGAGUGUUUGCCAUUCUGUAGAUUCAGUAGUCAUGAUUUGUUCCCAGAUCAGCUCAGACACAUGUUCUCGGAAGGCCUUUUGGCUGACACGUGCACCUCUUUCAGUCCGUAUCAAGACAGCAAAUUCCCUGCUCUAAGAAGUGUUCCUCAGUUACUGCAUAAGAAUGCUGCUAUUUGCUGUCCCCUGUAUUGCAUGUACCUUAAAAAGAUGAUGUCAAAAGUUUUUAAAGAAUCUUUAUUCCCAUAUUUUCAGGACUCCCAUUAUUUUAUAUGUAAAUGCCUUCCACUUUGAGAACAGGAGGAAUUGCUGCCUGAGAUCAGAAUGGUGCAGACUCAACUCUUACAGAAUAGAUGAGAAACACCUUAGUUUCCGUAUUAAACCCAUCAGGUCUUCCAGAAGCAUUUGUGUUUUCAGUGGUGGCACAGGAGUUCGGUUGCAGUGAAUUCUGGGAGUAAGUGUCCGAGACGGAACGCAGAGAACGGGACAGUGGUGCCAGACCCCAGAAGAAGCAACUUGCCCAUCCUUUCCUUCUGUCCUGACUCAUACUGUGGCUGCAGAUCCACAGUGCCUUGUUAUCAGUCACAGUUCUUCCCUGGGUCUGAAUUACGUGGUUUUCUGAGUGACUGAGACAAAACAAACUCUGUAGCUCAGUCCUCAAGGGUAAACAAGAGUUAGUGCUGCAAAAUACUUGUAUUGUUCAUGAAAGAAUAGCAUAUAAAAUAAUGUGAUUAAACACAAUGGAAAGAAAGAUUGAUAAAGGAAGGGAAAUAACUUGACAGUAGUCUUUUUCACUAAGGUGUGGAUACAGGUUAGCCCAGCUUUGCUGAAAGGCAUUCAUGUACUAGAAAGUGUUCUUGUUUCGUGUGUGUGUAAUUGUGUGUAUAUAUGUGUCUGUAGGUAUGUGUGUAUGUGUGUGUACACGUAUUUAUAUGUAUAUAUAUGGUUUCUAAACUGCUGACCAUUGGCAGUGGAGUAAAAUGGAAGCUUUAUUAAACUUUGCCCUUCCUCCAUAGGCUCAAAGGUCACUGCUGUAGUUGGUGAUGCCAUAAAACAUCAGGCCCAGAUGGUUAUAAUGGCAGUUUCUAAACAGAGUGUUUUUCUACACACUACUUGCAACUGGAGUGUAAUAUAAUAUGUUCUGUGUUAAAGAAAUAUAUUUUUAUCAUUUGUGAGUAUUGAUUUGUGACUUUAAACAAUGAGAAAAAAUUCUGAAGCAAGAGUUUGCUAAGUAUACUGACUUCCAUCCCUUGUUUUCUCCUUGCUCCUAAAUAUGACCUUGUCAGAUCAUCAGCAGAAACAAAGUUUUCCAAGUCUGGACCAAGGCCAGCAGCCUGAAGUGGCCAACUGCUGGAGAUGGAAUGCAGUAGUUUCCAAUAUUUAACCCUUUGUUAUUCUUUAAUGUUUCGUCAGUCUUUUGCUUAAAAGUAUUUUUUCAUGUUUUAUUCAUAUUGUCAUUGGAAAAGGCACAGGGACCAAAAUGAGACACAUUUGUAGUUUUUCCUAUUGACUCAUUGAUUGCAGGCAAACUCUACGUAGCUCAGGUUUAUCCCUGUGUCUGCUCAGCAUCCCAUGUGUGGUUGUGGACCAGGUGGUGGUGAGGCAGGGAGGGAGCCUCGUCUUUUGCUGCACUGAACAAGCCAGGCUGGCUUCACUUUCAGUGCUGAGUGGCUUGAUGCCUGAACUUCCAGAGCACCCGCAGACAGGCUUCUCGAGGAGAAUGAACCCCUGCUUCUGUACUUCCUUGAGCAACACGGAUUGUACAGAAAUAGUCCAGACAUCGUGUGGUGCAGCUCCCAUGGCAGGGUUCAGCAGCUGCUGCACUGUCCUUCUUUGGGUAAACUGGAGGUCUUCCCUUUUGUUUACCAUUUUGGAAGAAUCAAUCGAACAGGAGCAGUGAGAUGUUAUACAGUGGUUCACUGUUUAAACUUUGCAUGAUCAUUGAUGGGUUAAAUAGGUUUACCUAACAUUUAAAUGUUCCAGCUUGGAUACAUUGAAUGAGAAGACAGCUGAGCUUCUCAACCAGGAUCUCCUGACUGGUCUCAGAUGUUGCAGGGAGCAGUUGAUGGGGAGAAAACAUAAAAAUGUAGAAAAUGUGCUCUUGCUCAAAAACGUCUUCA